AGCCAUCAGCAGAGCCUGCUUGAGCUUUGCACGAGCCCCUGUUAGCCGUUUGCGGUGGCUCGGGCGAAGAAGAUCAGUUUGAGAAGGGCGCCUGCAAGUUGGAGCCAGCUUGAGGCGGCCCCUCCGGCGGGCUCGGCCGGCGCUGCCCCGCCCAGUUCUGGGUGUGAGCGGCGACAUGGAGGACCUGCUGCUGCGGACAUGUACUUCGGCUCUUCAGGAGCUGGCGGAACUUCGCGCCCAGCUGAGGGAUGCAAAUGCCAAGAUUGCCGCUCUGGAGACGAAGAUGGGGCAGCUGACGAGCGCCUCGGGCGGCGAUGCUGCAGCCGCUGCCGAGCCCGUCGCGGACCCCGACGAGGCGGCCGCUCUGGCGGACAGUGAGUGUCCUGGGCUGCUGCCCCUGUGCGCCGUGCAGGACGAGGCCCUGCGCCUUGCCUUGGCCGGCGCGUGCGAGCGGGGCGAGCUCUGGCUGGAGCUGCGGGAGCUCCUGCGCCGCGCGCGGGCGACCGACGCCAGCGGCGGCGGGUGCGCCGCCGAGGAUGCGGCUCGGGAGGCGCUGCGGGAGGAGCUGAGGCGAGGCUCCGUCCGCGCCGCGCUGUACUGCGUCGGGCCGUCGGGCCCCUCCGUGACGCGCGAGCUCGGCGCCGUGGAGGCACCGGCGG